AUGGAAAUAGUGAACAUGGACGAGGGUCGAUAUGAGCAAAGGGAGUGUUUGCCAGGAAGUAAUGCAGAUAGUGAUGCUUCGAGUAGUCUUUUUGAAAGUAAUGAUAGUAGUGAACAAACUAGCGAUAUGGAAAGGCCCUCUGAUGAUGAAGAAGAUUUGAAAGUGGAUUUACAAAAAAAUAUACUUAAUUAUUAUAAGUCUGAUUCAAACUAUGCAUCACAUGAUUCUCACAACACUUCAAAUGAUGAAGAGUUUCAAGCGACAGCUCUUUGUCAGUUCAUGGAUAUUUUGAAUGAUUUAGAUGAAGUAUUGGAUAAGUCUUUACUAGCAUGUCUUGAUGACAGUACAAAAUCUCUUGACAGCGAUGAUGAAGACCUCAUAUGUAAAAUUCAAAAGUGCGUUAGUACAACGGAGGAAAGAUCAGAUCAGUCAGAGUCUCAAAGUUCUCUAGAGGAUACCACACAGGUGGUGGUGUACUCAAAUGCUCAGACUUUAGCCCCGUCAAUGGAAGAAACGGAAAUCACUCAAAGUAGCAUUUUACCACGAGUUAAUUUGGUGCGGUCGAAAAGUUUUUCUGAACUUCCCAGGAAUGGUAUACAAGUUUCUGCCUUGUCUUUGGAAAGGGCUGGUACAGUUGGUGACUGUUUACGAAAUUCGAUGAGAAGACUAGAUCCCAUUAUGUUACCAGCAAUACCUCCUCAAGAAUCUUCUUGUGAACCUCUUACUUUGCCCGUUAUAUUGUUUCUCGAACACCACGUUAAUAUGCGACCAACUAGUGCACCAAUACAGCUUCAAGUUACAGCUGCUAAUCUAAGUAGUGAUGGGUCAUCGGGUCCUCUCAUAGUGGGUCGUAGGACGUUAUUGAUGAAUAGAGCUUUAUCGUUACCUUCAGCAGGUGAAAAUGAUACUACAGCCAUAGACUGGACAGAACAGAAUACAAUUGGAAAUAUUACAAGAAGUACAAGUGCCUCGAGUUCAUCAAAUGAGUCUUUGAUACGUCCUGCUCAUAUAAAUCAAAAUGAAAAUAAUGUUACAGAAGAAAGAAAUGAUGAGACUGAUUUAACCCCUUUUGGUGCUUGGCCACACAAGCUGAGUGCAAUGUUAGCAUGUCUCAGUUGUACCGUAGGAAUAUUCAACAUCUCUAGAUUCGCUAUAUUUAGCGUACAUUUUGGCGCUAGUUUCAUAGUUCAGUUUUUCAUUCUAUCUCUACUAAUUGGAAUACCGCUAUUUACUCUACACUUAUGUUUGGGACAAGUACUUGAGUCAGGUCCUGUGGAUAUGUGGCGAAUCUCACCGAUAUUUCAAGGAGUCGGCAUAACCUUACUUUUAAUACAAGCUAUGAUUGGAAUUUACAGUAUCAUUGGUCUAUCUUGGAUAUUUGUGUAUUUUAGAGAUUCAUUUAUAACGUCAAAUGAUAGAUACAAGUGGGCACUGCCGCAUGAGUUUAGUUAUGAUGAUGUUAUACAAAAAAAUGCCACAGUUAAAAUACAAGAGACAUUGCCGCAGUACUUCCACGAAGAGGUCCUUCAACGUAACCUGAACACGAACGGCUUUGGCUCGAUAAAGUUUCAAGUAGCGUUCAACUUGGCCGUUGUUUGGAUGAUUGUUUUCGUUUCGCUCAACAAAGGAUUGAGGUCGUACGGCAAGGUUGUUUACAUGCUCAUAUUUCUGCCUAUUUGUGGUACAUUAGUACUAUGUAUCAAACUUUUAACUCUUAUACCAUAUGAUUCAGUAACAAAUAUAUUCUCAGAGACUGAGUGGAGUGAAUUUUUUAUCAACAGCAAUAGUUGGGUUGCAGCAGCUCAAGAGACAUUUCUAACAUGGGGCUUACUAGGACCUUGUAUAAUGCAGUUAAUGUCACAUAAAGAUCCCAAAAAUAAAACAAACAGAAUACUACAGAGAGAAAGUGGAUGUAUAGUGGCAUUUACUUUCGCAGUGCUAUUAUUGGCCUCCUUCUUAGCCAAUACCUGUGUGCAAAUUUUGAAAAAUUAUGGGUUCAUUUUUAUACCAAGCAGUUAUGAAACAAUAAAAUCAUCACAAUUUUUAUGGCCAGCGUCAGAACCAUUACCUGGUAACACAGUAUCUACACCAGUCAGAUACAUGGGUCAUUACGGCAGCUUAGUUGGUCUAACAGUAUGGCGGACUGGUAACUCAGCAAGGGUUUUAAGUGGCUGGCAACCCUUACAAUUGGCGACGCAAAUAGUACCUGCAACGUUAGCUGUUGUACCGACAAGUGUUUUAUCCCCCGCGUGGGCGGUGAUCUUCUACUUCAUCCUGAUAAUGUUCGGCAUAGCACAGCAGCUGGCGAUAUGGCACUGUGUUGUGACCGGCCUGAUGGCCGUCAAUACACGCGCCACUCGAGUCUGGCAGACCACUAUUACAUUCUUCAGCUGCGUAUGUGGCCUGGCUGCUGGUCUUCUACUGUCUACUGAUUCGGGGAUCCGCGUAGUGCACUUCGUGGACUACGUGUGGGUGGGCUCGUGGUGGCAGUGCGCGGCGCAGGUGUCGCUGGCGGUGGGCGUGUUCGUGGUGCGCGGGCGGCCGUACGCGCCCGACGCGGUGGUGGGCGCGCUGUUCGGGCCGCGCGCGCGCGCCUCCGCCGCGCUCGCCGCGCUGCUCAGCUUCACCUGGACCGUCGUGCUACCCGUGCUGCUCUGUGCACUAUGUGUAAUGGAUUUCCGAGUCGGCCAGCAACGCCAGUUGUAUAGUUGGAGAAAGCCCGUCGGCUACUUCCCCGUGUGGGCGCGGCGCGCGGCGGUGGCGCUGCAGCAGGGCGCGCUGCUGCUGCUGCCGCUCGUGGCCGCGCUGCAGACCUGGCGCUACGUCACCCGCGGCCCGCCCGACAUACUCGACCGAGUACAGAACCUGUACCGGCCGCGGUUGGACUCUUCCGGCGAGGCGGUGCCAGGCGAGGCCGUGGCUGUCCAGGAGGUGCGUGCGCCUGACCCACCGCCCAAGUACACGCCGCCGCCCUCCUACUCCACCGCCACCGGCGCGCGCCUGCUGUCCGGCCUGAGGCGCAGCUUCCGCACGCUGCGCAGAAUUACCUCAAGCCGCGCUGAGACCACAGACACAUCUCAAUUACCGAUCACUCUCAGCGAGAGCGUCGACCGGCAACAACCGCAACCGCCACAGUACAACCUUACUCCGACGAUUACCGUCACCGACGAGACCGGCAGGACAUCCUCCCGACACUCACUCACGCUUACUCGCGACUACUUGAGACGGUCCUUCGUCAGAAAGAGCGAUUCUGCGAAAAGUAUACGAUCCAGCUUACGUCGUAGUUUCAAGUACGGAGGGCCGCUGACGACCAGCCACGAACAGUUAGUGAGGGACGUCGAGCCCAUAUCCAAUACUGUAGCCAUGUCCGCCAUGUUAGGCGAUGACGUCACUCACACCCGAAGUCUCGGCUCAGUAAUUUGA